AUGCCUGAUGGUCUGUGCGAUGACAUCUAUGCCCAAAUUCAACUGUGCACGACAAAUAUUGCCAGUAUAUGGGCUGUCGGUGGCGACGAUAUCGAAGAGUUCGCUGAAGAAGCUGGCUAUCCUGUCGGCGGUGAUUUUCCCGUGAAAUAUUAUGUGAUUGAAAUGCACUAUGACAAUACAAAGCGAGCUUCGAAUCGCACUGACAGCUCAGGCAUUCGAUUUUACAUUAGCAAUGAACUUCGUCAACAUGAUCUUGGCUAUCUUUCAUUCGGCACAUAUGCAAAUCCUGCCGCCCUUGCCAUCCCACCGCGAGUCGAUAGAUUUAACAUCGACUCUUAUUGUUCUCCUCGAGCCACUCAGCAUUUUCCUGAAUCCGGUAUCACACUUCUGUCAGCCUUUCCUCACACUCACUUACAAGGCAAAUAA